AUUACCAUAACUUGAUCAAAUCCCAUUUCAAUUCCAAAUCAAACUCCUCCAAAAAUGGCCUCUUCUUCUUCUGAAGCCAACCUAGCCACGGCCAAGACUGUCCUCUCUGCCGUGGCUUCCGUGGCCGCAACGGCAAUGCUGGCAAGGUCUAUAGCCCAAGACUUCCUCCCCCAUGAGGUCCGAGACUACUUCUUCUCCAGCAUCAGUACCUUCUUCAGUCGCUUCUCUAACCAACUCACCAUGGUCAUCGACGAGUUCGAUGGCCUCGUCAACAACCAGAUUUACGAGUCUGCUGAGGUCUACCUCGGCUCCAAGGUGUCUCCAUUGAUGCAGAGGCUCAAAGUCAGCAAACCGGAGAAAGAGAAGAAUAUCACUAUCACCAUUGAUAGCAAUGAGGAGAUUGUGGACUUCUUCAAAGGGGUCAAGUUCAACUGGAUCUUGGUCUCAAGGCAGGUUAAGACCAAGGACUUCUACAACCCUCGUGACAUGAAUUCGACUCUGAGGUCACAAGUUAGGUGCUUUGAGCUCAGCUUCCACAAGAAGCACUUGGACUUGGUUGUGAACUCUUAUUUCCCCCACAUUUUGGAACAAGCAAAAUCCAUGAAGCAAGAAAAGAAGACGAUCAAAAUCUUCACUAUGGAUCCUAGCAAUCUCUACCACAACUUGGCAGAUGCUUGGACUCCGACAAAUCUCGAUCACCCUGCAACCUUUGAGACCUUGGCUCUGGACACGGAGAUUAAGAAUUUCAUUCUUCGAGACCUGGACAGGUUCAUCAAGAGGAAGGAGUACUAUAGGAAAGUUGGCAAGGCAUGGAAACGAGGGUACUUGUUGUACGGACCGCCGGGAACUGGAAAAUCGAGCUUGAUUGCUGCAAUGGCGAAUUACUUGAACUUUGACAUCUAUGACUUGGAGCUCACGGGACUCAGGUGCGACUCUGAGCUUAGGAGGCUGCUCAUUUCAAUGGCGAAUAGGUCAAUACUGGUUGUGGAAGAUAUUGAUUGCACCAUUGAAUUCCAAGAUCGAAUGGCUGAGGUAAAGACCGAGGAUGGAUCCCCAAGACAGCAGGUGACACUCUCAGGAUUGCUCAAUUUCAUUGAUGGGCUAUGGUCGAGUUGUGGAGAUGAGAGGAUCAUAAUCUUCACAACUAAUCACAAAGAGAAGCUUGACGCUGCACUCUUGCGCCCUGGUCGCAUGGACGUUCAUGUUAACAUGUCCUACUGCACUCCAACUGGGUUCAGGCUUCUUGCAGACAAUUACCUCGGAAUCAAAGACCACAAAUUGUUUGAGGCAAUUGAGAAACAAAUCGAGAGCACUGAAGUAACACCUGCAGAAGUAGCCGAGCAACUCUUACAGGGUGAUGAGCCAGACGGUGCACUGCAGGGCCUGAUUGAAUUUCUUACGGUGAAGAAGAAGGAAAAUGAGGAAGCCAAAGAGAAGAAGAAGCUAGAAGAGCUAGAAGCAAAGAAAAAGCAAAAGGAAAAGCAAACCGUUGCUGAGGAAGCCAAGAAUAAGAAGGAUGAGAAACAAGAUGGUGAUGACAAAAGUAACAAGGAAGUAAACAUUUGAUCGAUGAUGAUGAAAAUAGUAACAAGUUAGUAUACAUUUUGAUGACAAUGAAAGCAAAUAAAAGAUAUCUGUUAGCUACUAGUUUGAAGAUGACAUUGAGGCUUUUGAAAGUGUCCUGAUUACAUGACAUUGACGAGUCUUUGUAAACUAUAAAUGAGGAGGUCUAUUCUAGCUUCAGUUGAA